GUGCUAACUACAUAAGAGUACCUUCCCUGCACAACCAGCAGAAUCAAGGAAACAGCAGCACUAAAGACAGCAUAUUCUCCAGAAUUGUGGUUUGAUUGCACUCUGCAGCACCAGGACCUCUUCACAGAGACACGACCACACAUCCAGCCAUGCGGUUUAGCAUUCUGUUCUUUCUCCUCCUCGCAUGUCUAUAUGUCACCCUGGCACAAGGCUCAUAUGAGGACUGCUGUUUGAAGUAUGUCAGAGGGUUGAAGAAAGCUGCUAGGAGGAUGGUGACGAGCUACAGGAGGCAGGAGACGGAUGGGGGCUGCAACAUCCCUGCUAUAGUUUUCUCCAUGAAGAGAGGCAGGUUGUUCUGUGCCGACCCCAGAGAGAAGUGGGUGAAUGAACUGAUGCUGGAAGUUGAAUCCAAGAAAAAUAAAAAGCACAUGCGGGGGCCAAAGAGGCUGAAAGGCUAGAAGUGCUGCUUUUGAGACCAUGUCUUCUAUAACCAUUUACUCAACCACCCUGCAGUGACAAGUCCUGUUUUUAAAUCAAAAAGAUUUUUAAUGAUGUCUGGUCAUUUGAGGGGACAUUUUUGCUUUUCUACUGCAAAAAUAAUCUGCUGCUUUAACAGAGACCUGCCUGGUAUGAUGCAUACUUUCUGGUACAGUAUAGUUCUGUAGUACCUGUUGAAGCCAGCCCAGCCAUUCAGUAUAUCUGUAUUUUACUGUAUAGCAACUAGCCUGUCGGAGUCAGUGCCUGUAUGAAGGGAUGUAUGUGUGUGUGUUUGUUUGCGUGUGUGUGCGUGUGUGUGUGCGAGAGUGUAUGUGUAAUUGUGUUUAGCAUAAAACCUGUAUUGAAGAUAGAGGCACCAACCCAAAAAAUUAUAAGAGCCUACAACUUUUGAAUGAACUCUGUUUGUAUUUUGUUUUCUUUGAAUGUUUUGAUAUUGUAGAUUUCUUUCUUCAAAUUAUGUCUAUUUUCUGUGCUUUUUAAUACUUGUUUUCACAAACAAAGUUUAAUAAAGUUGUUUACUGCG